AAUCCCUUUCAUGCAACUGUGGAGAGAAGGGGCAGAGCAGGCUGGGCAGAUCUUGCCUGAGCACAGACAGUCCAGACCUGAAUGGAGCCUUCGGUGGAAGAUCUCAGCCAGCUGGCAGGUAAGGAAAUCUGCCUGCCCCAAAAGCAGGUUGAGAGGGGAAGCAUGGUAAACAGUGUGGCAUAGUGGUUAGAGCAGGGGUAGGCAACCUAAGGCCUAUGGGCCAGAUGCGGACCAAUUGCCUUCUCAAUCUGGCCCGCGGACGGUCUGGGAAUCAGCGUGUUUUUACAUGAGUAGAAUGUGUCCUUUUAUUUAAAAAGCAUCUCUGGGUUAUUUGUGGGGCAUAGGAAUUCGUUCAUUACUUUUUUUCAAAAUAUAGUCCAGCCCACCACAUGGUCUGAGGGACGGUGGACCAGCCCCCUGCUGAAAAAGGUUGCUGACCCCUGGGUUAGAGUGUCAGGCUGGGUCCUGGCAGACGCAGAUUCAAAUCCUCCCACAGCCCCAAAGUUCUUAGGGUUGCCAUAUUUCAAGUGAAAAUCCAGACGCAUAAAAUAAAAUCAUCGUUGUUGUUGUUGUUGUUGUUGUUGUUGUUGUUGUUGUUAUACCCCGCCCAUCUGACUAGGUUUCCCCAGCCACUCUGGGCAGCUUCCAGCAUAUAUAAAAACACAGUAAAACCUUAAACCUUAAAAGCUUCCCUAUACAGGGCUGCCUUCAGAUGUCUUCUAGUUAGACAGUUGUCUAUUUCCUUGACAUCUGGUGGGAGAGGGUUCCACAGGGUGGGCGCCACCACCGAGAAGGCCCUCUGCCUGGUUCCCUGUAACCUCACUUCUCGCAGUGAAGGAACCACCAGAAGAUCCUUGGAGCUGGACUUCAGUGUUCAGGCUGGACGAUGGGGUUGAAGACGCUCCUUCAGAUCUACUGGGCAGAGGUUGUUGGCAGAGUUGCUGAGUUUAUUCUGCAAAAUCUCAAAAAAAGAAGAAGUUAACAUCCAAGCCAUUUCCGCCUGGGCAAUGUUUACAAGGAUUGAAUCCCGUCUGUGUCCGGGAAAUUCCGGGUGUAUGGCAGCCCUAACUGCAGUGGGCAAGUUAUGAUAUGUGCCUUGAUGGAUAGCCUAAGAUGUCAAGGCAGUGAAGGAAAGAAUGAAAAGAAUGUUGCCGAAAGGAGGUUGUAAAGGUAUAAAGUCGAGAUGGCCGUGAAGAAAUGUGAAGGAAUUUGCAGACACCAAUAAAUGAACCCGUGGCCUUACUCUUCCUCACUCCCUGUCUGGGAUGUUGCCUUUUGCUUUGUGCAAUAAGGCCUGGUUGCAAUUCUGCUUGUUGCAAGACUUAAUUUCCACAUGUGCAAAGCUAAGGUAGGGGAAUUCCUCUGUAGGAGCCCGUGCAAUUUAUUGACCUGCGGACUCCACUUUGGAGGGUCCCCGCUUCGGACACCACUUGGCCCCAAGUGUUUAUGUGGUCUUAAACUUUGUAACUGAAGGAAAUCCACUGUAUGACUUUGGGCCAGUGACCUCCCUCACAGGAUUGUUGUGAAGACAACGUGGAGAGGGGGAGAGCGGCAAGAACUGAAUGUUUCAGGAGAGAGGAGAUUUCUAACUAGUGAUAUGACCAUCAAGGACAGAUGGAUUGAUGGGCUGAUGGGAGUUGUAGUCCAGAACAUCUGGAGGGUGCCAGGUUGGGAGAGGCUAGCAGAGCCUCAGGGCUGCCCCUGGGCAUUUCGUGGCGAUGUUCUCUUUCUGUUCUUCUGCAGCCAUUUUGGAAUCUGACAGUGACUCCGAUUCGGAGAAAGAUGAAGACACCGAGGUAUGUGGGUCCUUUCAUUUUUUAAAUUCAUUUAUAAAAUAUUUGUAUAUUUGAUGCAGUUUCAAGCAUAAAAAUGUAAAACCAUACAAUAAAAAGCACAUAAAGUUAAUAAAAAAACAACAACCCAUCAAUGAUCAACAAAAUAAGUUUCUAGUUUUCAUGGGGAAAGAAUGGGAAAUAGGUGUCAGGGUCAGGUUCUGGAGUGAAGCCCCAGCAAAUCGUGACUCAAAGAAAGUCCUGUUCUCACAACCAUUCACUGUGGCUUUCUAAUCACUCCCACUGUUUUGCUUCAGAAGGCAGGACUCGAACCCAUGCAUUCAGAUGAUUAGAAAGGAGAACUUUUUGACAGUAAGAGUUGUCCAACAAUGGAAUAGACCACCUCCUUCCUUGGAGGCUUUUAAGCCAAGGUUGGGUGGUCCUCUGUCAGGGUUGCUUUAGUUGUGAUUCCUGCAUAGCACAGGGUUGGACUGGAUGACCUUUAGGGGUCCCUUGCAGAAUUCUGUGAUUCUAAAUUCUGAGGCGGGGAAACGAUUUUGAAGUCUGCAUGAGCAGCUGUGCUGAGGAUGGGGAUGGUGGGGAUGAUUGCUUAGCAAAAGCAACUCUGCUGGCAGGAUUGGAAUGGGAAACAUCAGAGACCCAGAAACAUUUCUUCCCUUCCAUCUUCCAGGAAGCGGCUGCUUGUCAGGAAAGGGAUGAAGCCAAGAAAAAGCUAGCCGAAUUUGAGUAUGGUAAGCAUGAUCUGUUGGGGUGUUAAUGCUGAGAGCCCCUUAUGCUCAGGUUGCAUAGAUGUGUAAAUACAACUCUAAAUCCCGAAGACGCCACAGUCUCUGCUGAUUCUCAUUCCAGGGAAACCAAACCUGCUGAAUGCCUGGAGUAGGGGUCCCCAAACUAAGGCCCGUGGGCAGGAUAAGGCCCAAGGGACUCGUUUAUCCAGCCCAUGGUGACUUCCGCCCCCCGCUGUUGCCGCCCGCUCUUACUGGCGCUGCACUGCGCGGCUUCCCACUUCCGGGUCGGAGGAGCACCAGAAAUAACUUGUGCACAUACACAAGCAUUAUUUGCGCAUGCGCAAGUGUUAAUUCCGGUGCACAUCCGGGUCAGGGGAGGCCCGUGCACAUGCACACAAGCUAUUUCUGGUCUCCUCCGACCCAAAAGUGCGCCAAAAAUAGUGUGUACGCACACAUAUGGGCACGCGCUCCCAGGCCCUCCGGCCCGCCGUGCGAUCGGCACUGGAGACACUGGCCUGAGGCGCGGUAAGUUUGCUGACCCCUGGCCUGAAGCCUCUCGCUGCUCGGAGAUUGGGGGGGGGGUGCCUAGCUGUGUCCUGCAUUUCCUGAUCCCGACUAUUCACAGUGGUGAACCUCAGGAUGAGAGGGGGGGAUUGCACCCGUGUCCGGCAUGUGGGCGUUUUGGGAACAGGGUGCAGAACCAGGUCCCAGGCAUAUGAGAUGUGUGGGUGUGCUCAGGACACUUCUGUUGUCGGCAGCAGACAGUGGGCAGUAGCGAACCCUGAAAGGGCUUCGGGAUUCCCUAGUGGGGUAAUAAGAGGCAAGACUAUCAGACUUUGGAAAGCUGGUAUCAUUGGAUCAAGUUCACCAGUUUUGUCCAAUGGAUUAAACAGAAUAGUUUUAAUGUGUAAAUUAAUAUGGUUUAUUUGUUGGCUUGGUUGUUGUUGUUGUUAAUUGAAUUUGUAUACCACCUUUCAUCCGCAGAUCUCAGGGUGGUUCACAACACCUGAAUAGUUUAAAUAAAUAUGCAAUUCAUGGUUUCUGUUUUGAAUUUGAUUGUGUAUUAUUAUUGUUAUGUAUUCAGUGGCCUGUGUUGGCCUGAGCUUGAGUCUGGACUAAGAUUCUGAGCUCCUGUGUUCUGAUUCAAUACAUGAUGUCCAAUCACAGAAGAUUUCAGAUUUGGGCCUCCGCCAUUGGCCCUUGAACUCUGAGUCGUGAUUCGCAGCUUGGAAGUUUAGACAGCCAAUAACGGUGGGAGUGGGAGUGGCCCAGGCUUUCAGAAAUGUAUAUAAGCGGUUGCUUUGCCCCUGUUUCCCAGUUAUGUAGCUCAAUAAAGUUUCUUGCUGUUAUCGCUGUGUCUUGCCUACACUUCAGUUAUCUUCCUUAGUGGGUCGUGCAAACCGCCAUUAUGAAGGAUGCUUUUUGGAGGGUAGGGUCAUGGGCAUUGAGGAUGAAUUUAUGUCACCAAGUGGGGAAAUUCUGGGGAAACUGCUCUAUAGGUGAUCUUCAGCCUUCCCCCUCCUUUCAUUCCCAGCUUCACAGGCUUUGCUCGCUGAGCUGUCCACCCUGGAAGCAGAGUAUGAAAUCGAGAAGUCGUGCCGAGAGCAGGCAGAAGCCUACGCAGCCCAGGUGAGCCAGGCGAGCUGGUGGACAUGGCAAGGCGUCUAACCUGGGAAACAGCUGUAACUCAGGAGUCUAGCCCUUGUUUUGCAUGCAGAGAAUCCCUGCUCCAAUCCCACAUACAGCAAAUGACUUUAGAUACCUAUUUUGUUGUUGUUGUUUAGUCGUUUAGUCAUGUCCGACUCUUCGUGACCCCAUGGACCAGAGCACGUCAGGCACUCCUGUCUUCCACUGCCUCCCGCAGUUUAGUCAAACUCAUGUUUGUAGCUUCGAGAACAUUGUCCCACCAUCUCGUCCUCUGUCGUCCCCUUCUCCUUGUGCCCUCCAUCUUUCCCAACAUCAGGGUCUUUUCCAGGGAGUCUUCUCUUCUCAUGAGGUGGCCAAAGUCUUGGAGCCUCAGCUUCAGGAUCUGUCCUUCCAGUGAGCACUCAGGGCUGAUUUCCUUCAGAAUGAAUAGGUUUGAUCUUCUUGCAGUCCAUGGGACUCUCAAGAGUCUCCUCCAGCACCAGAAUUCAAAAGCAUCCAUUCUUCAGCGAUCAGCCUUCUUUAUGGUCCAGCUCUCACUUCCAUACAUCACAACUGGGAAAACCAUAGCUUUAACUAUACGGACCUUUGUUGGCAAGGUGAUAUCUGCUUUUAAGAUGCUGUCUAGGUUUGUCAUUGCUUUUCUCCCAAGAAGCAGGCAUCUUUUAAUUUCAUGACUCCUGUCACCAUCUGCAGGGAUCAUGGAGCCCAAGAAAGUAAAAUCUCUCACUGCCUCCAUUUCUUCCCCUUCUAUUUGCCAGGAGGUGAUGGGCCCAGUGGCCAUGAUCUUCAUUUUUUUGAUGUUGAGCUUCAGACCAUAUUUUGCGCUUUCACCCUCAUUAAAAGGUUCUUUAAUUCCUCCUCACUUUCUGCCAUCAAGGUUGUGUCAUCUGCAUAUCUGAGGUUGUUGAUAUUUCUUCCGGCAAUCUUAAUUCUGGCUUGGGAUUCAUCCAGCCCAUAUAGCAUCUUUUCAACACAAAAAACAGAGACAAUUUGUUGUUGACAAAGGACAGCUGGACAUAGAAAGGGCCCCAUUACCUUCAGUAGCUGAGGGUCUCAUCAAACCUAAAUCCGGCCCUGUGUCUCCUGCAGGAGUGAGUUCCAUAGUUUAAACUUUCUUUUAUCUGUCCCGCAAGACACCUUGAUUUGCAGCCCAGUCUCUGAGCCACCCUUCCACCGUGGCUUCCAUGAUCAUCCUGGGCUUACCUUUGCCAUUGUAUCUCGACUCCUGCAGGUGAGCAGAGAGAACAAGAAGCUGAAGCGCAUCAGUGCGGCUUUGCUGCCCAUGCUCACCCACCUCCCAGGGGACCUCAUCGACCCGGGCAACGAGGAGGAGAUCCCUGCUGAGCAAGUCCUGGAUCCAGUGGGCCAAUACCUGGAGCAAAUCAAAGGUGAGCCAUGUUGUCGCUUCCCCUCUGGCUCAAAGACCACCAAGAGGAGCUGCUGCUGCUGCAGAAUGGAAGGGAGAGGUCUGGGCAGGGACUGUGCAAAAUGCACUGAUCCUGCAACAGUGGAGAAGACCAACCUUGGAGGAAGAGAGGAAGGUUCCUUAAGGAUGGAGAGGCGGCGUUCAAGAGAUGCCUCUCAUAAUAAUCUAUAAUAAUAAUUUAUUAUUUAUACCCCGCUCAUCUGGCUGGGUUUCCCCAGCCACUCUGGGCGGCUUCAAACAGAAUAUUAAAAUACAAUAGUCUCAGAAACAUUAAAAGCUUCCCUAAACAGGGCUGCCUUCAGAUGUCUUCUAAAAGUCAGGUAGUUGUUUCUUUCCUUGACAUCUGGUGGGAGGGCGUUCCACAGGGCGGGUGCCACUACCGAGAAGGCCCUCUGCCUGGUUCCCUGUAACUUGGCUUCUCGCAGGGAGGGAAUGCCAGAAGGCCGUCGGAGCUGGACCUCAGUGUCUGGGCUGAACACUGGGGGUGGAGACGCUCCUUCAGGUAUACAGGACCUUCAGGUAUAUUAGAUCUCACACCCCCUUCGGUGCCCAGCUGCAACACAACAGCCCUGCAGUGCUGUCUGAGGGUCUGAUAGUUGCUGCCACUCCCCUCCCACUUGCCCCAGCAUUGCCAGAUGGGAGGGGACCUACUGUUAGAAUUCCUGCUCCAUGAUUGCAGUCAUAGGAUUGUUGUCUAUCACAUGACAUGGUAUGUUUUGACUCCACAGAGUGGGAAGUGACGGAGACAGGAUGCUUGUGUUAACUGUGUUCUGUGAAGUGGGACUAUUGUCCUUUGUUCUUUUUCUCUUUGCUGUCUGAUGCUAGAGAGAGAGGGAGCCAUGUUGCAGUGCUCCGUGUGUGUUUAUAUGUAAAUAAAGUAGAUUAGCCAAAAUGCUGAGGUCUGUCACACGAACUGCGAAGACUCUGCGGAUCCCUAAGUGUGCCGGUGUCUGUUGGCAUCGGUCGCUAUGAUGUUUGGGCUGAAGAAAGUUUUGAAGCUCCCGAACGAUCGACCAGGAGGGAGAGAACAUGCCAGUCGGGCAUGUUUCUCUGCCAGGGUCCUACUCAAGUGUAGGCUGACCUCCUGACACCUACAGGGCAGUACUCAGGUCUUUCAAAUUUCAGCAAAUUUGGGGGCCCCCACCUCUUGCCUUCUGUUCUGCACAUGCAACUGUGUGUGUGUGUUUAUUCCUGCAUUGCAGGGGGUUGGACUUUCAAGGCCAUCCACGUUGGUGGCCCUCGCCACAUCCUGUGUCAGGGAGUUCCCCUGUUUAACCACGUAAUGUGUGAAGAACUUUCUUUUACCUAUCCCGACUUUCCCAAGUUUCAGCUGCCAGGAGGUGAAGUCAAGGUGGACUCAUAUAAAAAUGCUUUUUUAAAACGCGUUUUGAAAAAUAUACUGAAUUUGCCAUAAGCUCACCAUCGCCAUCUAGUGUCACAUUUGUAUAAUGCACUUAAAAUGUUUUAUUUUCAGCUGUAUGGCUGAGUCCCAAGAGUCUGUCCUGUGGUCUAGCUGCUAAGUUGGCUGUUAGGUACUGAGUUGAAUAGGAUCCAAAAGGCAGCAGUCUGAUUGGUCCUAGAACAAUAGGAUUCAGAAUGCAGCAGUCUGAUUGAUUGGUCCUAGAAAAAUAGGAUUCAGAAUGCAGCAGUCUGAUUGGUCCUAGAACAAUAGGGUCCAGAAUGCAGCAGUCUGAUUGGUCCACAGGAGCCACCCAAUCCAACUCCAGGUGGAAGUGAAUCUGCAACCUGAUUGGCCUACAGGAGAAUCCCGGAAUUAGCCAGUCACGUGGGGCCCAUUGUGUAAAUAAUGUAUAUAAAGCAGACAUUCUGGGGGAACUUCCAUUCCUCCUCACCACUAUGAGCUGGACAAAGAGCAUGAAAUCCACUUUCAGCUCCGAGUAUAUUUCAUUGGCAACAGUCUCUCCUCUAAGGAGCCAGCUUCCCUCAAAUUCACCUUUCCAUGUCUCCUCCUUUUUUACCCAGACCUUCAAGCGAAGGUUUCCCUGCUGCUGGAUGAAAAGAAGGAACUGGCCGUGCAAGUGACGGAGCUCCAGGGUCGGGUCCAGCAGCUCCAGGAACAGGUAUUUUGGGUUACUCCAUGGGCACAGCCAGGAUUUAUGUUCGCAGGGACAAGACAGCCACCUGUCAGUGUCCUCUGUCUGGCUCUGUCUAGCAGAUCCGGAACGAAAUGCCUCAAGAGCAGCUGUUUUAAGUUGCUUUCUUUUGAACCCCAGUCAACUCAAAGUCGAGUUUCCAAAUGUUAGAAUGAUUGUAAAACUAUUGAAAUGUAUAUAACUGAAAAUCAUAAAUAAAAAUGAAACAGAAAUGAAACAGAAGCAAAAUCUCCUUUGUGCAAAGGUGGAAGAAGAGCAGUUUGAGAAGAAAUCCUUGCAAGCUCUGGUGGCGGAGCGUCAGAGGGCUUUGAAGAGGGUCAAACGAGGUGAGUUGUGGGGAAAGGUCACAGAAAGACCCUAUUCUUGCACCCAGAGCUCCCUCCCUUCCUGAGCUGGCAUUUACUUCCUUUUCCCCACCUGGUCCAGCACCCUCUUCUCACAGCGGCCAGCCAGAUGCCCAUUACAGGAAACCCGCGAGCAGGAUCCGAGUGCGAAAGCCACUCUCCCCUCCUGUGGUUUCCUGGUAUUCAGAAGCAUGGCUGCCCCCAACUGUGGAGGCAGAGCUUCCAGAUGAGCUACGCAUUUCCAUCCUGAUCUCUUUGCAGGGAGAUUAGACGUUGGCUCUUUGAACUUGCAUUCAUUCCCAUUUGUUUGUGGGGAGGAUAGAGGAAGUUGCACCCAGGCAAAUGUCACUCAAGCCGAAUUAAAGUGGGAGCUAGGAAGGAGCCGCAGAGUCGACGCAGAGGGCAUCUCAGCCUCUGCUCGCUCGGGGGGACACACACCUUUCCCUCCCAACCUUCCUUCAUUUGAUGCACAGGUGAUUGAUGUUUCUUCUGCCCUCUCUCUCCCAGUGUCCCGGCUACUCACUGAGGAGUACGGCAAGGUGUCCCAACAGCUGGAUCUGGAGGAGGAACUGAGGCAGCAAGCAGAGACCUUUGCCCACCAGGUAGGAAUUCAAGGGACAAGCCUUUCUACACAAUAAAAGGUAAAGGGACCCUUGACCAUAAGGUCCAGUCGUGGCCGACUCUGGGGUCGCAACGCUCAUCUCGCUUUAUUGGCCGAGGGAGCCGGCGUACAGCUUCCGGGUCAUGUGGCCAGCAGGACUAAGUCACUUCUGGCAAACCAGAGCAGCACAUGGAAACGCUGUUUACCUUCCCACCGGAGCGGUACCUAUUUAUCUACUUGCACUUUGAUGUGCUUUCGAACUGCUAGGUUGGCAGGAGCAGGGACCGAGCAAUGGGAGCUCACCCCGUUGUGGGGAUUCGAACCGCCGACCUUCUGAUCGGCAAGUCCUAGGCUCUGUGGUUUAACCCACAGCGCCACCCGCAUCCCCUUCUCCACAAUAUCAUGCUUUGUUUUCCUCUGGCAACCAUGAGCCAACCAGAUGAUGCAGCAGCAAAAAAAGCUGAUGCUAUUCCAGGCUGCAUCAACAGAAGUCUAGUGUCCAGAUCAAGGGAAGUCAUAGUCCUACUCUAUUCUGCCUUGGUCAAACCACACCUGGAAUACUGUGUCCAGUUCUGGACACCACAAUUUAAGAAGGAUGGUGACAAGCUGGAAGGUGUGCAGAGGAGGGCAACCAAGAUGUCCCAACAUUGAAAGAUUUUUUUUUAAAAUGAUUGAAUUAGCAAAAAUGACAGCAACAAUUAGAAUGCAAUCUAAUCAAAAUCUCAAACAGGAGUGGAAAUGUGUAGAAGAAUACAUGACCAAAAGAUGCUCCAACAAGAAUUUAUUGAUAUGUAUAGACUGAUUUCACUAAAUUAAGCUAAGCUAAGCAGAUAUAUUAAGAUUGAAUGUUUAAUUAUUAAGAUAUAAAAUUACAAUCUCAGUAAUAAAGUUACAAAAUAAUAACAAGGAAGUCACGCACCGGUGGAGGGAAAACACAGGGCAAGAAAUAUGAAAUGGAUGAAAAUGUGAAAAUGUGGAGUUACGAAUAUAAUGCAUAUGUGUCAUUAUGUAAAGAUUUCAUAUAUGCAUUGCAACAUUAAUAACCACUGAACUCCCACCCCCUUUUCUCAUGUCACAGAUGUUGGUGAAGCAGAAGGAGGCCAACCGGCAGAGCAUGAUCCUGAUGCAGAAUAUUGGGCCAGAGACCCAGCUUCUCCAGGCCAUGGAGGAGGUGGCCAAGAUGACCCGGGAACUGGAAGAAGCCCAGCAAGAGCACCAGGCUAAGGUGGGUUUGGGGCUCCACCUGCCCAAGGACCUCAGCAGAGGCUGGUUCCUGCCCUUUCAAUCCAUCCAUCCACUUUCUUUGUUUACAAAUUUAUUUAUUUGGUUUUCCAACUUAAAUUUGUACAGAGAUAUAACAAACAUAAAUCAUAAAAACAAGAUUCCAAGGAAUCUCUUGGAUUUCCAUCCUACCCUUUGUGGGUCCUAUUAAUUAAUUAAUUAAUUAAUUAAUCCUUUCCUUCCGCAUCUUUUAUGAUACUCCAAAUCCUUCACUCUUCCAUUAUGUCCAGAAUUCAGCCUUAAACUACAGGUGUUACUCCAAUCCUACUAACAAUUUUAACUGUUUGCAAUGCUCUUUAAGAUAUGUUAUAAAUUUUCCCCAUUCCUUGUUAAAAUUUUGGUUUUCCUGAUUUCUGAUUCUUACGGUCAUUUUAGCCAUUUCAGCAUAGUCCAUCAACUUGAUCUGCCAUUCUUCUCUGAUAGGGACUUGAUCUUCUUUCCAUCUCUGGGCCAGUAACGUCCGCACAGUCGUGGUCGCAUACAUAAAUAGUCUUUUCUGUCCCUUUCGGAUUUCAACACCUAGAAUUCCUAAAAGGAAGGCUUCAAGCUUGUUAACAAAGGUUGUUUUAAACAUUUUUUUUCAACUCAUUAUAUAUCAUUUCCCAAAAUCCUUUUACUGCCUUACAUUUCCACCACAUAUGAUAAAAGGUGCCUUCUUUUUCCUUACAUUUCCAGCAUACAUUCAUUUUCUGUCCAGCCUGCCUGUUUCGCAAAGGACAUCAAACACCAGAGUUGCACAAACAAUGCAAUUAAAAAAUAUUAAUAAAUUAAUUUAUCUCAUUUAUGGAUCACUUUCUGUAACCGCUUGAAGAGUGCCCAGGAAGGCUCUCCUGUCUUCUUCAUUAUAUAUCUUUAGGCUCCAGGAAAAAACAUUCCUCUUCUCCCAGGCUUUGGGCUAGUUAAGUAAUCUAUGGCAUUUUAAACUGGGGGGCGGGCAAUGUUUUCGUUUGUUACCAUGGUGUAUAUUUUUGUGUUUUUGUGUAUAAAUUUAAUAAAUAAUAAUGACAUGACUAUAACGCAUCUCAAAGCAAUCUCAUAAUGCAUCUUUAAAAGUGCAUAGAUCAGUUGUAUAUGUAAAAACCAUUAAAAUAGUUGCACUUUUUAAAACAAUUAAAAACCAUUACACUUUAAAAAAAAAUCACACACACACAUAUAUAUAUAAUUAAAACAUUAUUUAAAACAAUUAAGAAAAUCUAAAACGUGUAAAACCCUUAAGAACCCCUAAAACCAGUGCUUUUUUCUGGGGCCGGGAUGCAGGGGUACACAUACCCCUAAACAUUUUGUGAAUCUUCGUACUUUGGUCCAUUUAUUGUAUUUAUUUUUCCUGAUUUGAACUACAAAAUGGUGAUUUUCUUGAGUCAAAAGGAGAGUACCCCUUAACGGCACAGCCUAAUACUGUUUAAAAACAGACACACAGCCUCACAGCUAAUCAUAUGAAGGUUGCCGGGAGCAGAAUAUUCCAGCCAUCAAAUGACUGAACAGGAAAUGUUUUAAAAUUACGCCUAAAUGUGAAUAUUGAGGGAGGCAGACUCCCUUCCUCAACCUUAUCGGCUUAGACUGGAAUGUGGCAGGUAGUUCCAGAGGUCAAUUCUGCAGCAUGCGAAGGAAGGACUGCGUCUUGUCUUUCCUGAAUCUCCUGCCCAUCCACAGAGGUAUCUGGUGACCCAGUGCUGGCCCAGGACAUUUUGCUGCCUGGGCAAAACCCAACCCAACAAUCAUAGAAUUGGAGAGUUGGAAGGGAAUCCCAAAGGUCAUCUAGUCCAACCCCCUGCAAGGCAAGGAAUGCUUUUACAGAAAUGGUGAUGGGGCAGCGUCCUUAGGGGGAGCUCUGUCACUGUUGCCCCUCUCAGCGUCUCAGCUUGCCUCACCUUGCCUAAUGGGAGGGGGGUGAGUCCUGAGUUCAAGUGCUGCUGGGAGGGAAGCCUCUUUCCUGGCCCACGUCCCUCUGAUGUCCUGGGGGAAGGGGCUUUGCUUUGGGCUCCCAGUCUGCUCACGUUGCUCCUUGCUCUCCAGGUGAAGGACCUGGAGGCUCAGCUGCUGGGGCGGCCGCAGGCGGAAGAACUCCACAGGCUCCUGGCUGCCCUGGCGGCAGCGGAGGAAGAGAAGGUCCACCUGGGGGAGAGGCUUCACCAAGCGGAGGAGAGGAACGCGGCUCUGGAAGAGAGAGGUACGGCAUUUUCGAUUGCAUGGAUUAGAAACGCAGGAUCGGCUAUGGUAUAGAUACAAGCUGUCAGAGAUUCUUUUGCUGCAAUGAUGGCAUGGCAGUGGGUCAGACUGGAUGACCUUUGGAGGUGCCCUCCAACUUUACUCUUCUGUCAUUCUGUGAUUCUACGACUUCAGAACCUCGGGAUCCAAAAAAGAUCAACAUAUUACUUAAAACUCUUUUUCCACACAAAAAAAUAGAGAAAGUGUUUAAGCCAUUCCAAUAAUAAAGAAAAAAUAACGUUAAUCAUUACUCUCACCUCGGUAUCAGGAAAUAACUGGCACAGUCACAUCCAUUUAUUAAAAGGAGUAUUUAUAAAGCAUCAGCUCCUAAAGAAUGCCAAUGCAAUGUAAAAUAAAGUGAUUAAGACGUCAUUUUGCUUAUACAACUUCCAAAGCCACUUUCCCUGUAUUGCUGUACUGAGUCAUUCUGCAUGCAGCCAGCCUCUCUCAGUGUAUAUUUCCAGAGGGAGAUGACCCCUUAUUUUCCCUUUCCAGUUCUUCAAACUGCUGCAAAAGUGCAAAACUGUUACGAGGAUUGCGGUGGGUGGGUGACGUCACAAGGAUUGGCCAAUCAGUGCCAUGCACAGCCACACACAGCCUUUUCAAGGGCUGCCACCCUGCAGAAAAACAAAACGAAGGCCACCUUCUUUGUGGGGGCCUGAAACCCUGCCUUUCUCAUUGCAGUGAAAUCCCUGGAAGAAGAGGCAAAGGCGACUGGGACCCCGUCUCCCAAAACAUGCCCUGAGGCUCCCCUUCCUCCUCCUCCUCCCCCUCCUCCUCCUCUCCCUCCAGCAUGUCAUGUCCCAGUGGAGUAAGUAUCAUUUGCUAUAUAUUAAUAUUAUUAUUAAUAUUAUUAUUGAAAUGAUUUUAGAAUGUUGUAUCAUUUUACUGUUGUUAGCCGCUCUGAGCCCGGCUUCGGCUGGGGAGGGCGGGAUAUAAAUAAAAAAAUAUUAUCAUUAUCAUUAUUAUUAUUCAUAAACUUUAUAUGCUGCUUGAAUAUAAUAAAAACCAUCAAAGCGGUUGAAAUGGAGAGUCAAACCAUAAGCUUAUCAGUAAACACAGAUAAAAGCAACUGUUCUAAACACUUGAAAACUUUUUUUUUGUUAAAUCGUUUUUAUUAAUUUUCCAAUAAAAAACAUCCAGUUAGCAUAUCAAAUCAUAAUCUAAUUAAAAUAAAAAAUAAAAAUAAAAAAAGACCAAAUUAUCAUCCAAAUUAUAAUUAUUAAUUUUGGGGGCUUCCCAUAGUCUGGACCUUGAAGCAUAGCUCCAAAUCUCAAUCCUACCUCUCCGUGUCGUUUCCAUAUUUUCCACAUCUCAGUUUUAACGCUUUAAAGUUCUCCUUCUCUGGCUCUGCGAUUCUCAAUCAUGUCAGACAUCAUAUAUCCUUUCAGACAUCAAAUACAGCUUUAUUUGUAUAUAUAUCUUUUUUCAACUGUCUUUUUGCCAGCGCAGCUUCCUCUGGCUCCAUUCCAGUCCAGGCUGAUGAGAUGAGCCCAUCCAGACAUGCAGAAUUUUGAGCUGUGCUUUAAUUGCAAACACUUGAAAACAAUUAAAGCACAGAUCGAAAUUCUGCAUGUCUGGACAGGCUCAUUUCAACAAAGAGGCCACCUAGAGGGUCAUCUAGUCCAACCCGCUGCAAGGCGAGAAUCUCAGCUUAAGCACCCACCACUAGGGCUGCCAUAUGUCUGGGUUUUCCUGGACAUGUCUGGGAAUCGCUCAGAAAAUUGGCAUCCGGGAGGAUUUUUGCUGAACUGGCAAAAUGUCCUGGAAAACAUGGACGUCUUAAAAAAUCAUUUUAAAAAUCAAAGAAAAGCCCCAAAUGAUAUUUUUUUUGGGGGGGGGAGAUGUUCCCCAAAAAUAAAACUCCCCAAAAGACAACUCUGCCCGGAUUUUAUUUAUAAAAUUUUAUUAUUAUGGCCAAGGCACAGUCUGACCCCCUCUCUCCUUCUGUAAUCCUCAUAGAACUCUAGCCCAAUGGUUGCCAUUAAUUUGAUUCUGAAUUGAUUUUUGAAUGAAUUGAUUUUAGAAUGCUGUGUUACUUUUAUUGUUGUUAGCCGCUCUGAGCCCGGCUUCGGCUGGGGAGCGCAGGAUAUAAAUAAAAUUGUAUUAUUAUUAUUAUUAUUAUUAUUAUUAUUUUCACUUUGGGGAAUAUGGCAACCCUAUCCAUGCCAGGUGGCCAGCAGAUGGCGGAGUGGGGAGACCAACAGCAUCAUAGUUCUACCUCUAUUACGGGGGUUGGACUAGAUGGCCCCUGGGUGUCCCUUUCAACUCUCCAAUCAUGCAAUUCUAUGAUUCCACAGUUGGAAGCAGCGAUUCUUCUGAAUCUCAGUUGCUGGAAACUACGGGACAGGAGAGUCCUGCUCUCGUGCUCAUGUUCUGGUUUCCCAUAGUGGGCACCUGGUUGGUGUUGAAAACAAAGUCUGCCCUUUUCCCCUUAUGGGGUAUCCACGAGCCCAAAUAGAGUCCUUACGUGGGUUCCCUAUUGGUAGGAGAAAAUAACAGAGGCCAACCAGAGACUAUUGAGAAGCAAAGCAGCUAGUAAGCCUGAUCUUUAUUGAUUUGUUGAAACAGGGUCCUCACUCACCACACGCAGGAGGAACCCAGAACCAAGGCGUGAAAGCCCUUAUAUAGACUUUUGAAAUUGCCACCCUGUAGAUCAAGACCACCCCCCAAACACAUCAUACCUACAUCACAGAAAGGGUGGUCUACAGCAGAAAUCUGAGUGCUUUGUUCACCUUCUGUCUGCAAGGUCACCUGUUUAACGGUCACUUGAUUGGAUUGCCUGGGGAGCCUGGCCAGUCUUUUGUAAUGAUAGAUACUUACGGUAGUUCCUGAGCCAGGUCAGGUUCACACCUUAUUCAUCUCUUAAAUGUGCCCUUAAGACAGGAUUUGUGAGGAAAGAGACAAUGGGGAGGUUAAUUGAGGUCAGUUUGGGAAUCAAAAAUGGUUUCAGGUCGGUCUUCCUGUGCUGAUCUAUGUACGUGCUUGGUUGGUACACUUAUGAACAUUUAACAUAUAUCUAAGACCUCACAAUUCCUAUCACAUUGGCCACGGUAAGACCAGGAUGCUGGGAGACACAGACUAUGGGCCUGAUCCUGCAAGGCUCUUCUGAUGUACCUGGACCGGUCUUGACUUUUCUUCUUCCGUUCUUCCAUCUCUUCAGCCCCCUGAUGGCCCUCAGGCAGAGGAAGGGAAAGCAGCAAGCGAAACGCGGUAAGCGGAUCAGGGAGGGAGGGAGGUUUCAGGGUUCGUCCCCCUCAAGCAUUUACCUGCACCGAGCUCAGCUGCAGGGCAGUGACCCCGUAGCCAGAAGGCAUCUGGAUGCGACCAAGGAAACGGAUUGAGGUUGAAUCCUGACAAGACAGAAGUACUGUUUUUGAGGGACAGGGGGCAGGUGGGUGUGGGGAACUCUCUGGUCCUGAAUGGGGUAACUGUGCCCCUGAAGGACCAGGUGCGCAGCCUGGGAGUCAUUUUGGACUCACAGCUGUCCAUGGAGGCACAGGUCAAUUCUGUAUCCAGGGCGGCUGUCUCCCAGCUCCAUCUGGUACGCAGGAUGAGACCCUCCCUGCCUGCGGACUGUCUCACCAGAGUGGUGCGUGCUAUGGUUAUCUCCCGCUUGGACUACUGCAAUGCGCUCUACGUGGGGCUACCUUUGAAGGUGAAACGGAAACUGCAACUAAUCCAGAAUGCGGCAGCCAGACUGGUGACUGGGAGCAGCUGCCAAGACCACAUAACACCGGUCUUGAAAGACCUACAUUGGCUUCUGAGCACAAUUCAAAGUGUUGCUGCUGACCUUGAAAGCCCUAAACGGCCUCGGUCCUGUAUACCUGAAGGAGCCCCCAUUGUUCUGCCCAGAUGGAUGGAACUGCCAGAAGGCCUCAGAGCUAGACCUCAGUGUCUGGGCUGAACGGGGGGCGUGGGGGUGGAGACGCUCCUUCAUGUAUAUUCUAAAGAGAGACCGGACAGCCAACUGUCAGGGCUAUGUUUCCCCCAUUGCAGGGGGUUGGGUCCCUUCCGACUCUACAAUCCCAGAUUCUAAGCCAACCCCUCCUGCUUGCGGUAAAGGUAAAGGGACCCCUGACCUUUAGGUCCAGUCGUGGCCGACUCUGGGGUUGCGGCACUCAUCUCACUUUAUUGGCCGAGGGAGCCGGCAUACAGCUUCCGGGUCAUGUGGCCAGCAUGCCUAAGCCGCUUCUGGCGAACCAGAGCAGCGCACGGAAACGCCAUUUACCUUCCCACCCGAGCGGUACCUAUUUAUCUACUUGCACUUUGGCGUGCUUUCGAACUGCUAGGUUGGCAGGAGCAGGGACCGAGCAACGGGAGCUCACCCCAUCGCUGGGAUUCGAACGGCCGAUAGGCAAGUCCUAGGCUCUGUGGUUUAACCCACAGCGCCACCCGCAUCCCCCUGCUUGCGGUACAAGUCUCAUACUGGUGGUGGGGAAGGAGGCCCUUUGAAGGAGGCCCUUUUGCACCCAUCCAGGCCCCCUGGGAAGGGGAAAAGCCAAUAUUGCUGGGGGGGUUUUACCCUUCACCCCAUGAAAAAUAAAUAUCCCUACAAAUAUCCCUUUUCCCUCUGGGCAGCAGCAAACUCCUGCACGGACGAUGUGAAAUCGAAAGCGGUGGAAGAAAUGAUGGCCAGGAUCAAAAGCGGGGUGGUCCUGAGGCCAGCCAGAAAGGACGCUGGGGACUUCUCCAAGGUAAAGAAGCAGAGUGGGAGCGCAGAACAUAAAAACCUGCCUUAUCCAGAGUCACUGGCGCAUCUAGCUCAAUGCUGUCUACCCAGACUGGCAGCCGCAAUCCCAGGUUUUGGUCAGGGGACAUUCCCCAUCUGGAGACGCCAGGGAUGGAGCCUGGGUCCUUCUGCAAGCAGGGCAGGUGCUCUGCCGCUGAGGAUUGUGGGAAGCUGCCGUAUAGGGAACGAGACCCACUGGUUCAUCUUGCUUGGUAUUGUCCACUCUGACUGGCAGCCUCUCGUAGCCCUGCCUGGAGAUGAUGAUGAUGAUGAUUUUAUUUAUUUCAUUUCUUUCCUGCUUUAUAUUUUUCAAGAAAAAUCUCAGAGCGCUUCACAGCACAUCAGAACAUCAAUAAAACAUCAAUACAACAAUCUGAAGAAAGUCAAAUACAGUGGUACCUCGGGUUACAUAUGCUUCAGGUUACAGACUCCGCUAACCCAGAAAUAAUACCUCGGGUUAAGAACUUUUUUUUUUUUAAGAAUAAUUUUUUAUUAACCGACCAAUCACAUCAAAUCAAACCAAAUUACAUAAAUUCCAAAUUACACAGCCGAAUUUUAAAUUUUUGUUGGGGGUACCCAUAUUUCAAGUUCCGAAGGGAUCCAAUCAACUUCUUGCUUCUUACUGCUGUUUUAAUGCCCACAAAUCUAACCUUAUGAUGUUCACAGUACUAUCCAGUCCUUUCUUAUUAUUUUUCCACAUCUCUUGUUGUUAUUUUCAUAUAUUUUUCCUUUCUCUUUGUGACCUCUGAUAGUCUCCGCAAGCUGGUUAGAACAGUUUGUAAUCCUGCGUGGAUAUUAUUAUUUUUAUCCAGUAGCCAUAUCCAGACGUUUUCCAUAUAACAUCACUUCCAUACAUCAAAACAGUCUUAGUGUCAUUAAUCUUCACCAAUCUGCCUCCUUUCUCAAAACUUCUGAGGAGAUUCACUAGGAAUGCAGUCGAAAAACAAGUCCAUUCUUCCUCCCGGCUAUAAAUCCUUUGGCAAGAUGGCGACUCCGAAUUAAUUGCUGCGCCAUUCCAAUAGCUCUUAUUGCUUCUUGGCCUCCAUAAAGCAUACUUUUGGUUAAAGUUUAUCUCCACACAGACCUUAAUCAUCCUGCUUGGGUCAGUUCAACUGAUGGUUCUAAUGAGGAGGGGUUCUUGUAAAUCACAUAGAAGGAAAGUAAAAAAGGUUCCCCCCCCCAUUCAGCCCCGUUGUCAACAUACCCCGCCUUUGGUGUAUCUUCAUCAUAAAAUAUUCCUGUUUCUCCAGCCCGACGUCUUCUUUCACAGAGGUCACUUAAGUUAGCAGACUUCACUCCCCUUCUUCACUUGAAAUAUGUGCAUUUGCUUCUUUUGUAAUUAAUUAUUCCAAAUUGCUGCAACUAGUGCGCGAUCAGAGACAGAGUCCAGGAGAGCCGAGGUCCACACGGGGGCAUUCUGCCUAGGGCCCUCACCCCCUUCUUUCGAAUUAGGGGGUGAUUUAUGGGCACAGCAGGCAAGGGCAGUGUUCCCCAUUUCCUUGGGGCAACAAGGGAGGCUGCCUACUCCCAUAACAGCCUCUUAAUUACCCCGUGUGGGUCGGAGAGAUGGUAUUGUCGGCCAUCUUCCAAUGUGCCCCCUAGUGGCCCCCCUCGGGUUAAGAACUUUGCUUCAGGAUGAGAACAGAAAUCGUGCUCCAGUGGCGUGGCAGCAGCGGGAGGUCCCAUUAGCUAAAGUGGUGCUUCAGGUUAAGAACAGUUUCAGGUUAAGAACGGACCUCCGGAAUGAACUAAGUAUGUAACCAGAGGUACCACUGUAUAGAGUUUACAGUCAAAGCAACAUAGUUAACAGAAAACUAAAAUAUUAUCUUAAAGAUUUCAAAAUAAAACAUGACAAAGGAGGUCAACAACCGAAUAUGUAUUUAACACAAAGUUAACAAAAAAUUAAACGUUUUUCCAAAAAACAAAACAUUAAAACAUUCAUAAGUGAAGUCACAUUUAAAAUGCACAUUUACAACAGCAUUUUUUAAAUCAGGGGUGGUGCUUUCUGCCUUCAGAGCAGGUGUUCCACUUCUAAGCUGCAACCCUGCGCUCAGCAAAGCAAAGUCUCCUUUCUCUAGCGGUGGCAACAUCCCUCCUCAAAACCGCUGGCUUCUUUCCUGUAAAUCUCACUGCAAGGGGAUGCCUGUGUGGGAAUGUUCAGGGUGGCAGGAGAGGAUAUAUUGUUUAUUAAUAUCCUUCCUAACUUGCACUAGCAAGUUCCUUUACUUAGCAGAGUUUACAUUCCCUCUUUUUAUAUGCACAGCAGAUAGCUGGCUGCAGGCUCGUGUGAGCCUCUCACUCAUAGCUGUCAACUUUCAGAUUUGAAAAUAAGGGAUCAGCAGCCUCACCUGUCCCAGGGACAGUCUACAGGAUAUCUAACAAUCCGGGAUAGCAGCGGGAAACGGCGCUGGAAUAAGGGAAUUUUCUGCAAAAAAGGGAAGGUUGACAGCUUUACUCUCACUAUUAUACAAUUCAAUCUCAGACUGAAUUGUACGUUCCUGGUAAAUUCCCUUGAAUACCUCUUAAAAGAAUAAAGACGCCACAAUCUUAUUCAAAGUCAAUAAAAGAAGUUUACUCACAUCAGUUCAGUUGGAUCCCUGAAGGCAGACUUAGUUACAAUAUGUACAUGUGGAUCUACCCCAUACGGGAGAAUAAUCCCAGUGCUUCUGCUAGUUGAGAGCUAGCAGAGCAGUCCUAGCUAGAAGCUGGUCAAACGAAGAAGGAAGUCAAAAAGAGAGAGGCGUGCUGCGUGACUCGUCCUUUUGUUACCUGGAGAGGUAAGGCCACGCCCACCUUCUAUCACAGGCAAAAGGAAGGAUGCUCCAGCCAGGAAGAACAGGAAGUUUUGACUGGCUGGACCAAACAUUCCCUCGCAUGUCUUCUCUAGCAUUACAAGGAAUGUUGUACUUGACUGCCUCUCAUGGAUCACAUCCCACAGCCCAUGGUUCUUCUCCUCUUUCUCCUCACAACGGCUCUGCCAGGUAGGCUAGGCUGAGAGGAGACAGCGAUAAAUAAGUUGGAGUUCUUGUUAUUAAAUAUACCCAAAAAAAGCACACCAAGAACUCAGACCAAUAUAAGUUUCAGUAGUCAGAGUACUCGCAAAUCAAUAGUCAAUUGUAACAAAAACUAAUCCAUUCAAAAGUAUGUAUUCUGACAAGGAUUAAACACACAAAUAGAGAUUACAAACUCAAACAGAGAUUACAAACUCAAACUCAUAAGGAUGUGUAUAACACAAUAAUUUGUUACAGAAUUAGAGAUAAGAGUUUAUGAGUAGAGAUAAAUUCAUAGUCCAUAGUCAUAGAAUCAUAGAAUCAUGGAGUUGGAAGAGACCACAAGGGCCAUCGAGUCCAACCCCCUGCCAAGCAGGAAACACCAUCAGAGCACUCCUGACAUAUGGUUGUCAAGCCUCUGCUUAAAGACCUCCAAAGAAGGAGACUCCACCACACUCCUUGGCAGCAAAUUCCACUGUCGAACAGCUCUUACUGUCAGGAAGUUCUUCCUAAUGUUUAGGUGGAAUCUUCUUUCUUGUAGUUUGGAUCCAUUGCUCCGUGUCCGCUUCUCUGGAGCAGCAGAAAACAACCUUUCUCCCUCCUCUAUGUGACAUCCUUUUAUAUAUUUGAACAUGGCUAUCAUAUCACCCCUUAACCUCCUCUUCUCCAGGCUAAACAUGCCCAGCUCCCUUAGCCGUUCCUCAUAAGGCAUCGUUUCCAGGCCUUUGACCAGAUUCGACGUGAAGGUCUGAGUUUCAAUCAUUGAGAAGAAGUCAGAAGUCAAUUAUGGAUCAGAAACCAGGACAGGGCCCUGUUUUGAUGUAUUCACCUUCAUCAGCUGGAAGUAUCAAAUAUUAUAUGAAAAUACAUUAAAAUUCUAAAUUAUCAUAAAUUAUAAAACAGUAUUAUACAACAUUUGGUUCCUUACCUAAUUUUUAAGGGGUCGUGUAAGUUUGAAGAAUUCGUACAAAUAUAUCCUGUUAUUUUCUCAGAGAUAACAACUGAAAAUAAUGAAUAUUAAUAAUGAUUACAUGUGUUGAAUCAAAUCAAAGAUUCCAAGGAAGCAUAUAAUCGUAUGAUUCCUCACCUAAGUGUGGGAGGAGACCAGCGGCUGGCCCAAGUCCACCCUGUCAGCUUCCUUGCUGAGUGAGGAUCUGAACCCUGGUCGCCCCUGUCCUCAAGGGACACUCUAACCGCUACUCCACACUACCUCUCUCCUUGGAGGAGGAGAUGGGAGCAAGUUCCUUCCUAAUGGGCUCCCCAUCCAUGUCUUCUCCACCUGCAGGCAGCCGCCGUGAGCAAGCGCCGAAGCACCACGAUGGAGCUGCAGGGUCUCCUGGUAAGAAUCAUCUGUGUGUGUGGAUAAUAAUAAUAAUAAUAAUAAUAAUAAUGGUAGUAGUAGUAGAUGGGGUCCAUCACUACAGCAGCAAUGCUGGUGGGGGGGCGCUUGGGUCAUUUAUUAAUUAACCAAAUACAUUUGGUCGUUGCUUUGCUCUUUAUUAACAACAACAAAGAGCAAACAUAGAAAAGGGAGGGGGACAGAGACAAAGAAUCAAAAAUCCAAACCAUAAAGCAUCAAAGGCUGGAAGGACAAAUAAUAAUAAUAAUAAUAAUAAUAAUAAUAAUAAUAAUAAUAAUUGUACCCCCACCCAUCUGACUGGGUUGCCCCAGUCACUCUGGGCAGCUUCCAACAAAUUAUAAAACCACAAUAAAACAUCACACAUUAAAAACUUCCCCAUUCAGGGCUGCCUUCAGAUAUCUUCAAAAAGUCAGAUAGUGGACCAGCGGAACUACUGAGAAGGCAGUUCAUCAAGUAUUUACUAAUACAAGGAUUCCCUAAUCAUAAGGAUAUAUAAAAAAUAGAAGUAUUUGCUACCUGUGAGUUCCAUUAUUGUUGAGAAUAAGAGCUAUAUAUAGUCUUAAAUGAGCCAGACGUUUGCAUAUACCAAUGGCAGCGAGUGACCAUGUGCCUCAAUAUUUGUAUAAGAAAUAAAAUCAGGCCCUAUGUGAAGAGAAGUGGUCAUUUGAGCUCUGCGCUUUGGAAACUUUUCGUAAGGGUCAUUUGACAGUGGAACAUGGUGACCUCUCCUUCCUUGGAGGUUUUUAAGCAGCGGUUAACUCUACAAUUCUAUGGUUCUAACAGCACCCUGGUGCAUUUAAUUCCGACCUUCUCGUCUUUUUUUGUAAAUUAAUUUUUCAUUCAUUUUUCAUUGAUAACAAUCCAAUGGAGGCCACACUAAUAAAUGCCAAAUCACAAUACAAUCAAAAGAGCCAAUUAAACAGUUCCAAAUUAAACAUUUUUGGAUAACUUCCCAUGUUCCGGCUAUCAGGAGUUGAUGUUGUUCCUUGAUCCUGCGCCAGUUCUUUUAAUUAAUUCCAACCUUCUCAGGCCCAGAGCGGCACCAGGAGUCUGGGGCGGAGAUCAAGCCGACGUCAAGGCAGCCAGAGGAAGCUCACAGACAACCAGCUGGAGUCCAUCCUGCAGAGACGUCGCCGGAUGGUUGACUGCCCAGCACAGGGCCAGGUCCCACAACUGCAACCUGUCGUGUCCACAAAAUACAUCACGUCCGUUGGAGUUCGGGAGGCCAGGGCGGGUGUCCUCUCUGCUACAGACCCACAUCCUUCCACAAAGAGCUCUGGGGAUCUUGGCAAAACUCCAACAGGUGGGCAAGCUUCUUCCUGAAACCGGGGUGGAAUCUAGACACAUAUUUAAAAAAGUGAAAAUACUUUUUUUAAAAAAACAACCCGUUUUGAAAAAUAUAUCAAAUUUUCCAUGGCUCACCAUCGCCAUCUAGUGUUGCAUUUGUAUAAUGCACUUUACAACAUAUUUAAAAUGUUUUAUUUGCAGCUUUAGAGCUGAGUCCUGGCUGCCCUCAUCAGCCACGAAGGAACAAGGAGCCUGGUUCCCAGCAAAAUAGCCGUCCCUGGCUCCUCCUUACUUUUGCCAGUUGUUGGUGAAAGGUAUCAAGAUGCUGUGAGUCACCAGAGGGACUUAGCACUGCCAGAUUACCAAAUAGGUAUCAGUCUAUAGGCACCGCAGCAAUGGAUCAAAAUGAUAUUGAUUUGAUCUUGCAAGAAAAUUACAGAAAUGUAUCAGGAGAUAAUUUGCAAGGGGGCCCCUGAGAUUUUGACUGCCUAGGGACCUCCACAGGGUUCAAUCCAUCACAUUAGAAACAAAUGGUUAACAUGUGAUAAGUAAGACAGCCUGCGGUCAACAUGUAUGUAAUUGGGACAAUCUUGCAAUAAAAAUAUAGUGCUUAUACAUCAAUAAAUUUAUAUGGGGGGCAGCUUUUGGCCAUAUUUGCACAAUGAGUAACAUAGGAAGUGGGAUGAUAUUAUGUUAUUAAGGUAGAUGCGAUACGCCAGGGGUCAGCAAACUUUUUCAGCAGGGGGCCAGUCCGCUGUCCCUCAGACCUUGUGGGGGGCCGGACUAUAUCUUGGGGGGGGAUGAACAAAUUCCUAUGCUCCACAAAUAACCCAGAGAUGCGUUUUAAAUAAAAGGACACAUUCUACUCCUGUAAAAACACGCUGAUUCCUGGACAGUCCACAGGCCGGAUUGAGAAGGCGAUUGGGCUGGAUCCGGCCUAUUUCACCAAUUUUGCCCAGAUCAUUUUAUUUAAAAGUUCCUGGGACUUUAAGUAUUAAGGAACCAGUCUUUUGGUUGUUUUUUUAAUCUCUCACAAUGACCAACAUCUCUUUGUUCUCUAAGGUGACCCUGGCAACCUGGAAGCUACGAUCCCACCAUGUUCAGAGGAAGAGUCUGCCCUUGCUCAGUCGCAGCUCAGAGUAGCGCCCCUUCAGAUGAGCAGAAGGAUCGCGCUUGCGUCAGGGAGUCGAGAUCCCCCCUGAAGCAGCCUGAAACUAUAUUAUGAAGCUGCCUGUAGUGCUUUGAUUUGAGACUGGAUUAAAUUAGAAAAAACAGAUUUGCUAAACCUUGAAGGACAUGAUAAUAGAUUUGGAUAGCAUGCGUACUUGUGGUAAAACAAAGAGAAAGUGUGCAAAGGAUUCUGUAACCAUAUAAUUAGGAGAUCAUUUCUAACAGUCUGGGAAAGAUAUAAAGAUUUACUAGAACAGAAAACUCUGUUGUGGUUGUCGCCAAUAGAAGCAAUAUCAAUAAAAAAAUAAUAAUAAUAAAAGAAAAUGGUUUACAUAUAGAGAUAUUUCAACAG